GCCGCGAAGGAGGCAAUGGCCACGGGGGCCUGGGGCCUGCGGCUCUGGCGGGCCGCCCCCCGCGGCGGCGGGGUCGGCUGGAGAUUCAUAGCAACAUCGCCAGCUUCUCAGCUGUCGCCGACCGAACUGAUAGCAAUGCAGAAUGAUCUCUUUAAUAUAGAGAAAAACAGGCAGUUAUCAUUAACUCCCCGAACUGAGAAGAUUGAAGUUAAACACGUCGGGAAAACCGACCCUGGUGCUAUCUUUGUGAUGAAUAAAAACGUUUCAACUCCUUAUAGCUGUGCCAUGCAUUUGAGUGAGUGGUACUGCAGGAAGUCCAUCCUGGCUCUUGUGGACGGACAGCCUUGGGACAUGUAUAAGCCUUUGACCAAGUCCUGUGAGAUUAAAUUUCUUACUUUCAAAGAUCGUGAUCCAGGAGAAGUGAAUAAGGCUUAUUGGCGUUCUUGUGCCAUGAUGAUGGGCUGUGUGAUAGAGAGGGCAUUCAAAGAUGAAUAUGUGGUCAGUUUGGUCAGAGCUCCAGAAAUUCCUGUAAUAGCUGGAGCCUUCUGCUAUGAUGUAGUUUUGGAUAAGAGACUUGAUGAAUGGGUGCCAACAAAAGAGAACCUGCGUUCCUUCACAAAAGAUGCUCGUGCUUUAAUUUAUAAAGAUCUUCCAUUUGAAACUCUGGAAGUUGAAGCAAAAGUGGCAUUAGAAAUAUUUCAACACAACAAGUAUAAAAUAAAUUUCAUAGAAGAGAAGGCAUCUCAGAACCCUGAGAGAAUAGUCAAGCUACACAGAUUUGGUGACUUCAUUGAUGUGAGUGAGGGUCCUCUUAUUCCAAGAACAAGUAUUUGUGUCCAGUAUGAAGUAUCAGCAGUUCACAAUCUUCAAGCCACCCAGUCGAGUCUUGUACGAAGAUUCCAGGGUCUCUCUUUACCUGUUCACUUAAGAGCACAUUUUAUGAUUUGGGAUAAGCUAUUGGAGAGAUCUCGGAAAAUGGUAACUGAAGAUCAAACCAAACCUGCAGAGGAAAGUACAUCUUCCUAGUAACUUCCUAAAAUUUAAAUAUGUAUAGUGAAUUAAAAUAAAAGUUUCCUAUGUAA